AUGGAUAAAGAAGAGAUAAAAAAUGUUAUCGAUGAAUUAUCAAUGGAAUGGCGUGGAAAUACUUAUAAUUUAUUGUCAAGUGAAUUGUGUAAUAGAUUAGUUGGAAAACCUGCACCAAAAAAAAAUAUCAUUGGUUUACUUAUACGAUACGAUUAA